UGUGCGCGUGCGCAGUGGACGUCCAGCUGUCCGGGAGCCCCCAGCCCCAGCGCAGCCGCCAUGGGGCCCCGCCGGCCGCCCGAGCUCUACCGGGCCCCGUUCCCGCUCUACGCGCUGCAGAUCCACCCGCGCGGGCUGGCCCUGGCGGCGGGCGGCGGCGGCGCGGCCCGGACCGGCGUCAGGAACGGCCUGCAUUUCCUCCAGCUGGAGCAGAUUGGGGGCCAGCUCAGCGCCUCGCUGCUGCACUCCCACGACACGGAGACCCGGGCCACCAUGAGCAUGGCGCUGGCGGGCGACGUCAUCGCGGCAGGGCAGGACGCCAGCUGCCACAUCCUCCGCUUCCGCCUGCAGGGGCCCGACGAGAAAAGCGGCAGCAGCGCCCCCAGCAAGGCCGGCGGUGCGGAGAAGGGCCCCCGGAAGCGAAAGGCCCCCAGCCCCUCUGAGAAAGGCGAGGGCGACACGAGGAGCGAGGCAGGCCAGGUGGCAGUGGAGACGCUGUGCAGCGUGCAGACGGACUUCAGCCCUGACGCGCUGCAGAAGGCCGUGCGUGUCAGCGCGGACCAUUCGCUGCUGGCCACGGGCGGCACCGACGGGUUCCUCCGAGUCUGGGAGUUCCCCAGCAUGAAGAAGGUGCGGGAGUUCAAAGCCCAUGACGGGGAGAUUGAGGACAUUGCGCUGGGUCCCGAGAACAAGGUGGUGACGGCGGGCCGGGAUUUCCAUUGCUGCGUGUGGCAGAGGGACCAGCUGGUGCUGCGGCUGCGCUGGGACGAGAAUAUGCCGGGCAUCCCUGACAAGACCUACCGCUACCAGGCCUGCAGGUUCGGGGCGGUGCCAGACCAGGCGGAGGCGCUGCGACUUUACACGGUGCAGGUGCCCCACAAGCGCGGGCGCCGCCCCCCGCCCUGCUACCUCACCAAGUGGGAUGGAAAAAGCUUCCUGCCGCUGCUCACCCAGCCCUGCGGGGGCGAGGUCGUCUCCUGCCUCUCCGUCAGUGACUCGGGCACGUUUCUGGGGCUGGGCACUGUGACGGGCUCGGUUGCCAUUCACGUCUCCUUCUCACUGCAGAGGCUGUACUACGUGAAGGAGGCGCAUGGCAUCGUGGUGACGGACGUGGCCUUCCUGCCUGAGAGCCGGCGGGGCCGGGAGCUGCUGGCCGAGAACGAGGCCGCCCUGCUCAGCGUGGCCGUGGACAGCCGCUGCAAGCUGCAUCUGCUGCCCUCCAGGCGCAGCUUCCCCGUGUGGCUUCUGCUGCUGCUCUGCGCUGGCCUGGUGGUGGCCACCAUCCUGCUGCUGCAGCUGGCCUUCCCCGGCUUCCUGUAGGCGUGAGGAGCCCCUGGGCCAGCGAGAGACUCUGCCCCUGCCUGGGGCACGUCGGGACCCUCGCCUGCCUGGUCCGGCCCGGCUCCCCCCCCGGGACAAUGUGAAGCAACUCAGAGACCGGCAGCCCC